AUGGCCGCCGAGAAGAAGGACCAGAAGAUCUGGGUGCAGUCCAACGACAGCAUUACCAUCCCCGUUGACCGUGUUGUUGCUGAGCGGUCUAUGCUCAUCAAGAACAUGCUUGAGGAUGUCGGCGAUGACGCCAUCAGCCAGGAGAACCCUAUCCCCAUCCCCAACGUCAACGAGGCGGUCCUCCGCAAGGUCAUCGAGUGGUGCGAGCACCACCGCAACGAUCCCCCCCAGACUCAGGAUGAGGAGAACGAUGCCCGCAAGAAGACCACCGAGAUUGAGGAGUGGGAUCAGAAGUUCAUGCAGGUCGACCAGGAAAUGCUCUUCGAGAUCAUUCUUGCCUCCAACUACCUUGAUAUCAAGCCUCUCCUUGACGUCGGUUGCAAGACCGUCGCCAACAUGAUCAAGGGCAAGUCUCCCGAGGAGAUCCGCAAGACUUUCAACAUCACGAACGACUUCACCCCUGAAGAGGAGGAGCAGAUCCGCCGUGAGAACGAGUGGGCUGAGGACCGUUAA